CGCCACCUACUACGCCUGGCGGAACACCGGUUACACCUCCUGCACCAGCCCUACCUGGUAAGCUAAUGUAUGCAUGUGUAUAGUGUCUUAGAUAGUCACGUAUAGGCUUAAUUUCAUGAAGAUUUCGUGUGAAUACAGUGUAUUUGUAGAGAUAUGGAACAUUUUCAUAUAUGGAAUUUUCACGUUUGAAUAUUAAAUUUACAUGGUCAAAUUUUUAAGUAUGAAUCCAGCUUUUAGAUAAACAGCUUCUAUAUAUGAAAUUAGUGCUAUCCUUCAUUGGAAAUGUGCAUUAUUUAGUCAUUUACAAAAAUAGCUAACAUAUUCACAAUCUAUCUAUUUCACAUUUUUAGAACGUGGUGUUACCAUGGAAAUGUACAAUAACAUCCCGGGAAUGACUCUGAAUCGUUUGUUGUACAACAAGAAGUUCAGGUCAAAGACACCCGAUUCCACAAGGAAAAUACCAGGGCUUGUUUCACCUUUGAAUAUAGCGAAUAAUUAUGGAUUGCGAUUGACAACUUACUAUGUGGUAUGUUAUCGUACGUUCCAUAUUUCCGUCCAAGAGAAAUAACAUGAGCCAUAGAAAAAAUGUUCAUGAUUUGUAAUAUUGAGGUAGAUGUCAGUUGCGGACCAUAACGCCCCCCCCCCCCCUUAUUAGUCUACUCCCCUGUCAUAUGUGCCUGGAUUUAGUCCAACUGAAGAGGAUUGUAACCAGUAGUCAAUUUUCCAGUGUUUCAGUUAUCCAAUUGAUGGUAUCCAUACAUGCGUAGUAGCAUAUUGACCUCGUGUGAGUACUGAAAGUGUAUUAUGUUUCUUUAGGCUCCAGAAACAGGGAAAUAUACGUUCUAUGUUUCUGGUGAUGACCAAUGUCGACUGUCUAUAAGUAGUGAUGAUGAUCCUAAAAACUUAAGGCCAAUUGUUCAGUUUAAGUCUGGACUGGCGACUCGACCAAACGAGUGGAACAAGUAUGUAACCUCCUAUUUAUCUAAUUAUUGCAAAGUAAACUGAAUCGGAGUAAAACAAACUGAAUUAAACCACAGUAAAUAAGAUAAAGUAAAGAAAUAACGGAUAUAUUUUCAUCUCUCUCCAGGGAUCCUUCACAAAAGUCAGCUCCAAUGACACUAUCUCGAGGUCAGGUGUAUUAUGUCGAGGCCCUAAUGAAGGAAGGUCCAGGUGGAGAUCAUAUCAGCGUUGGAGUAAAACUACCAAGUGGUGUUUUACAAAGACCUAUUGCUAAUAACGAUGUCUAUAUCAAACCACCAGGUAGAGCUUUGCAACUAGUCUAUUUGUACAUUAUUAUACAUGCUGUAGUUUUUUGCUCGAUUUGAAGAAGAUUGAAAGAAUGUGUUGAAAGAUACAAUUCAUUUUUAGAAAAGAUGUUCAAGACAACAUUUUCUUUUCUUUAACAGGUCCUAUUGGUGUAACACCUUCGACCCCAGGUUUGUUUUUGUAAACUCUUUAUAUAUUCAUGAAAUUUUUAAGUCUUUUACUGUGCGGAUAUCUUGCAAAUAUGUUGGGAAGGGUUUGAGUAUUAAGAAUCAUCAAUAUUCUGAAAGAUUUUUAUGUUUUCUUUUGUUCUUAGAAAAAGGAGUCACGAUGGAAGUGUAUAAAAAUAUACUAGGAAACACCCUGUCGAGUCUUACUACGAAUCCAAAAUAUCCGAGCAAGCCAGAUGUGACAACUAAAAUUAAGAAAUUGAAAGCACCACAGAAUGCGGGUGACUUGUAUGGAGUACGAUUGACGGCAUACUAUGUGGUAAGUUGUUUACUAUACCAGAAAUUCCGUUAUAAAAACUAUAUAUUGCAGAUACAGAGACUUACGCUCGCGUAUUCUAAAAGCUCAUUCACACUCACAUUCAAUGAGUGGAAGUUCAAUCUGAACUUCUCUCGAGUGUCAUUGCUGUUUUUGAAUAGCUGGAGGGUUAGUGUCGUAUCUUACUAUGUGACUGCUCACCCUCCAACUAUUCAAAAACAGCAUUGACACUCGAGAGAAGCUCAGAUUGAACUUUCACUCAUUGAGUGUUAGUGAGCUUUUAGAAUACAGGCGUUUGUAUACCGAUCUCUUGUACGUCAGUUAGAUUUUGUCAUGCUUCUGUGUGCUCACCCUUGCAUACUGUGUUUCCGCUCAUCUCUUAAAUUUUUUUUUAUUAACUUUACAAUCAAAUGACUGAUGGUAAGGACAACAGGACGUGAGUCCCCCAAUUAAGUCCCACCAAAAACUUACAUUGGAUAAUCAUAAUUUACGUAUUUAGUGACUCCUCUUCCCUCUAAAUAUCUAGUGACUGUUUCUCACCCUGGAAAUUUAAUUGAACACCAGAUGAGUCCCUUAUAUAGCUAAAGGCGUGGUCUUCAAAGAACGGGUUGACAACUACUUAUACUCCUAUCCCAUUUAAUGAAAAAUCUUUUUGCAGAAAUGAGCGGAAAACAUUCUACUAUAGAUAAAAGCAAUCAACUCUUAUAAUGUUAUACACUGCCCGUUUUUCUUUUUAGGCUCCAAAAACUGGCACGUAUGUGUUCUAUGUUUCUGGCGAUGACCAAUGUAAAUUGUCUCUAAGCACAGACAACAAGCCAGAACAUCUUAGAACGAUAGUUAUCUUCCCCAAAAACUUCUGGACCAACCGUAACCAAUGGAACAAGUAAGCUUUGCAUAGUUUGGUAAAGUUUUGAAAGUUAUAUAUACGUUAGAGUGCCUUGUUGCAACAUACUGCUUAAUAAGUAUUAAGCACAAUUUGCACAUCAAGUCUGCCAAUAAGCCGUCAACAAGUUGUUAACAGUUGCAACAAUCUUGUUGAUAUUAUCAGAUUUGUUACAAGGUUGUUCCAACAAGUCCGAUACAGUCAUGUUCCUGGACUUUUCAAAAGCAUUUGAUACCGUUAAUCACGAUAUUCUGCUUGAUAAGUUGGGAAAGUAUGGAGUCCGUGGGAUAGCCCAAGAAUGGUUUCGAAGCUACUUGCACAAUAGAUAUCAAUACGUAAAAAUUGGAAAUAUAGAAUCUAGCCUCCGAAAUAUUAUAUGCGGAAUACCUCAAGGAUCCACUUUAGGCCCAUUGUUAUUUUUAUUAUACAUAAAUGACUUGCCAAAUUCAUCAACGACGCUUUCCUUUCGAUUGUUUGCUGAUGACGCAAAUAUAUUCUAUGCCAGUAAAAAUCUUAAGGAAAUUGAAACAGUGAUGAAUAACGAAUUUCAGAAUAUACUUAAAUAUUGCAAUGCUAAUAAGCUCUCUAUUAAUAUGCAAAAAACACAUUUUAUGUUGAUCCGCUCAUCAAAGAAAACUAUAACUUCAAAAAUAGAAAUACAGAAUAUUAUACAAAAACAAUGUAUUAAAUAUCUAGGAAUAUAUCUCGAUGAGAAAUUGAACUGGAAAAAUCAAAUAACUCAUGUUAAAAGUAAAAUAUCAAAGAAUUUGGGAAUUUUCUAUAAAUUGCGUAAUUAUUUAUCGGUAAUUAUGCUAAAGCAAUUAUACUAUACCCUUAUCUAUCCAUAUUUAGACUACGGGUCUAUGAGUUGGGGAAAUACUUAUCAUACAAAUCUAAAACAGUUGAAGUCUAAGCAAAAUACUUGUGUUCGCAGUAUCCUCUUUGCUAACAGAAAAGAAUCUGCUUCGCAAUAUUUUCAACUACUUGGAUUUUUAAAAUUUGAAAAUAUUGUCAAAUUAAAAAUUGGAUUGCUAGACAUAAAUUAUUUAUGAAUCCUACUACGGUUCCUUCUAUAUUUAACGACUUUCUAUUACCAGUGACCAAUGUUCAUAAUUAUAAUACCAGGAAUGCAGCUAGAUGUAAUUUUUACCGACCACAAAUAAGAACAAACUAUGGAAAAUUUACUUUCAAAUACUCCGCUUCAGUGUUAUGGGAAGGUAUUCCUACCUGCUUGAAGAAAAUAUCAACAACAAAUGGAUUUAAGAGACAAUAUAAGAUCAAUUUAAUGAUUAAUCAAUGAUGGUGCCAUCCAUUGUACUGUUUAAAUUAUUCUCCUAAUAUACAAAAAGUAUUUGCAUAUAUUUAUAAUGGCCGUUCUUCAUAUUUCCUUUCUUUUAUUUCUUCUAUUCCCGUUUAAAUAUUUAUAAAAAUAAAUUAACAAACAAAUUAUAUUGCAUACCACUAGAAUUAUGUAAUUCAAUAAUUAGCUCAACCGCUUAGCUAUUUAUUUAUACGUAGACGAUGGUUAACUCGAAAGCUGAUGCUCUUUUAACCGUCGUGCACGCUUUAAAUAUUUUCGUUCAUUUUAUCUUUUUCUUCUAUAUACUCAAAAAAAAAUGAAUUAGUUAUAGUUAAUAAUGUAUAUAUAUUAAAUAGUGUGAAUAAAGUGAUUUGCGCUUUACAUUCGUUUAUUAAAACUAGAGCAAGGACCAAGAACAUGACUGAUAUAACAAUAUUGUUACAACUUUGUGUCGUCAACUUUGUAACAUUCCUGUUAUAUCAUGACUGUAUCAGACUUGUUAGUAACAACUUUAGUGAUGCCAUGAAGCCUGUUACAAGUUGUUAACAGCGUGUUCCAAACUUGUAACGAAGUGCGAACACAACUUAUCGAAAGUUUGUGAACAGAUUUGUAACAACUUGUUUGCAGACCUGUAACAACUUGUGCCUUUUUUUCGUGUGUAGUACAUCGUUACGAAACUAAAUUUGCUGUUUACGUUUUACUUAGACAUCCGAAACAGAAAUCAAGACCAAUCCGACUGGUGAAGGGCAAAGCAUAUUAUCUAGAGGCUGUAAUGAAGGAAGGCAAAGGCGGUGAUCAUCUCAGUGUUGGAGUAAGACUUCCAGGAAGAUUGAGGCCAAAACCAAUUUCCAAAGAAGAUGUUUACGUUCGACCACCAGGUAAACCCAUUCGUAAUUCACUCCCACUCCACUCCACUCCACUCCACUCCACUCCACUCCACUCCACUCCACUCCACUCCACUCCACUCCACUCCACUCCACUCCACUCUACUCUACUCUACUCUACUCUACUCUACUCUACUCUACUCUACUCUACUCUACUUUACUCUACUUUACCGUUAUGUACUUCACUGUGUUAUCCUGGUUUGUACUGUACUGUACUGUACUGUACUAUACUGUACUGUACUGUACUGUACUGCACUGCACUGAAAUCUACUUCACUCUACUGUGCUGUGCUGUAAUUUGCUUUACUGUACUGCACUUAACCGUUCGGUUUAUUUUAUUUAACUAAAGCGUGUUACAUAUUUUAGCUCCUGGUACAGCCGUUGUUGGAGGGACAACAAUUCCAGGUAGGAACACUGAAACUAUUUCAUUUUUUUAUCCUUUCAAGCGAUUUUUCAAAAAAAUAAUGAUUUCAUGAAUUUAAGAACUGACAGACAGCAAUAUUGUUCAUUUUAUAGAAAAUGGUGUAACAUUUGAAAAAUGGAGAAAUAUUCCAAGCAAGGCUCUUUCGAGACUUAUUACUGAUCCACGUUUCCCUGGCAAACCUGACGUUUCAAAGAAGAUUAGACGUCUUUCUAUACGUCCUAACCAAGGCAACAGCUAUGGUGUAAGACUGACAACAUACUAUGUGGUAAGUUAUUGUUCACGUCCAUAUCCACUGAAGAAGCACUGAUUUUUUAGUUCAUCAAUGUAUGCAUGCUUUUAGACAAAACUUAGGCAUUUCAAUUUCAUUGUUUUUAUGCGAAACUGGGCAAUAUUGUGGUAUGCAUUCAUUUUUUUCUCGAAACAUAUCCAUUAUCUAUCUAUUAGAAGGCAUUUGCUAUAGAAAACUUAUCAUGUCUGUUUUUUCUUGGUAGGCUCCAAACACAGGAACAUAUAGGUUCUAUGUGGCUGGUGAUAACCAAUGUCAGUUGUCACUUAGCAGUGACGAGAAACCAGAAAACCUCAAGAUUCUUGUCAUGUUCCCUGUGAAUCGAUGGUCUUCGCCAAAUAACUUCAAACAGUAA